GCUGAUUUUCAGCUGGAACUUGAAGGACUCCUCCAUCUCAAGACAGUAUGGCCCUGACCGCAGAGUUGAGGAGACCACAACUGAGAGAGGUGGCAGGAAUCCCCCUGCAGGCUACAACUGUAGGCAACUGGAGCCAGAUCCAAAACUUUGAGGCCAAGCCAGAUGAUCUCCUCAUCUGUACCUACCCUAAAUCAGGGACAACAUGGAUUCAGGAAAUUGUUGACAUGAUUGAACAGAAUGGGGAUGUGGAGAAAUGUCAGCGAGCCAUCAUUCAACACCGCCAUCCUUUCAUUGAGUGGGCUCGGCCACCCCAACUCUCUGGUGUGGAAAAAGCCAAUGCAAUGCCCUCUCCACGGACAAUAAGGACUCACCUUCCCAUUCAGCUGUUGCCUCCAUCUUUCUGGGAAAACAACUGCAAGUUCCUAUACGUCGCUCGAAAUGUCAAAGACUGUAUGGUUUCCUACUACCAUUUCCAAAGGAUGAAUCAAAUGCUUCCUGACCCUGGUACCUGGGAAGAGUAUUUUGAAAGUUUCAUCAGUGGGAAAGUGGGUUGGGGUUCCUGGUAUGACCAUGUGAAAGGAUGGUGGGAAAUGAAAGACAGAUACCAGAUCCUCUUCCUCUUCUAUGAGGACAUAAAGAAGGACCCAAAGCAUGAAAUUCAGAAGGUGAUGAAGUUCAUGGGAAGGAACUUGGAUGAAACAGUGCUAGAUACAAUCGUCCAGGAGACAUCAUUUGAGAAAAUGAAAGAAAAUCCCAUGACAAAUCGUUCUACAGUUCCCAAAUCUAUCCUGGACCAGUCCAUUUCCCCCUUCAUGAGAAAAGGAACUGUGGGGGAUUGGAAAAAUCAUUUCACUGUGGCUCAGAAUGAGAGAUUUGAUCAAAUCUACAGGAAAAAGAUGGAAGGAACCUCAAUAAACUUCUGCAUGGAACUCUAAGGCAUAAAUAAGAAGGUGGAUGACAAGAACGCAGAUGUUACCUUUCACUCCCUCAGCCCUGGCCAAAAGAAUCUCUGAAAUCACAUUGCACAUGUACACGAUUGUGGUACCAACCAUCUCUGUGAUUGUUACAGUAUGUACCAACCUCAUUUUUAAACAGAAGUAUGUCUAAUGCUUAUUUUCUCAACCAUUUUUCCAAAGUAAGAAAUAAGAUGUUUUAAUAAAAUAAGUAAAA